CUCCAGCAGGCGUCUGGAGAUCACCAGCUAAUUGUAAUUGCUCCGUCGAAAUUAAAAUUAAAAAGUGCCAUUCAAAAUGUGCAACAAACUCACCCUUCUUUCUUUGACAUACGUCAUCGUUUUCGUCUCAGUAGUGCAGUGUGAUAGCACGGAGACCAAGGAUUUCUUUAGUCAAGACUUAAGCGUCGGCCGUACGUUUGGUCACAAUGCCCUCAAACGCCUGUCCUUCAUCUUCCUUCCUGUUAUGUUCACCCUGGGUGUGAUCUCCACUCUUCUGAUGGCUCUAGCUGUGAUCUCAGUGAAGAACUUAGCCAUCGGAGUCAUGUUGCUCAUCGUGGCUGUCAGCCAGGCUGUAUCCAGAUUGUUCCUAACAGCUGCGUCACCAUCUCCUCUCGUACACUUACAUCCUCGAGCUGAACUUCUCCCAGCUCCAGCCGUCCCUGCUCCCUGGCCUGCACCUGGCCCUCUACUCUCACCAUGGGCGAGAUCUGACAACGACGCACCUAUAUCUGACUAAAAAGUAGUUUGAGUAUCUGUGUGAAAUGUCACAAGAAACCGUGCAAUAAAAAGGAUGGAGGUUGUAGUAAAGUUCAAAAUAAAAGUCUCGAUGUCGACAGCGCUACCAUGUGUAAGAAUUCAUACAAAUGCCAUAGUUGACUGACCCCAACCAAAGAUCGUUCAGUUACAUAACCCUCCAUUUCUUCUUAUUCCAUGGAAAACACACGUUAAGUAGGCACAUAAUGUAUUUUGGUGACUCACAAUCGAAACCCACCAAUCGAUUAAUCGCUACGGCUACCUCAUCGACUGAGCAUUCAG